AUGGCCAAAAGCAAGGUUUGGGACCUUCAUGGUAAGAAGAAGGAGGAGAUGUUGAAACAGCUGGAUGAUCUGAAGUUGGAGCUGUCCCAGCUGCACACUCAGAAGGAGAACCUCAGAAAGUGCUGUGUGGUCAUAAAGUACAAACCCCUGGAUCUGAGGCCCAAGAAAACACAUGCCAUGUGCCCAAGGCUCAAUGAGCGUGAGGAGAAGCUGAAAACCAAGAAGCAGCAGCGAAAAGAGCGCCUGUAUCCACUGCAGAAACGCGCAGUUGAGGCCUGA